UAAACGUAGUCGGCGAGAAUCGGGGCGUUGGAAGUGGCGAAUAGGUCAUCGCACGGAAGUCGGUUCGUUUCGUUCAGUCAGGAUAGGCUGUUCGCGAGGGGUUUGUUCACUAGUCACUCACCAAUUCAACAUUCCAAAGGCCGGGUCUUCUUACCGCCUCUUCGAUUCUACAAUUUGAUACUCGUUUCAGCGACCACACUUCAAACGUCACUAUGUACGCCUGUACUAGAUUCAUUGCACCUAUCGCCAGGUCGACCUUGGUCUCUGGAACCAAGAACUACAUCCGGCCGCUGAGCAGCGCCGUGGUAACCCACAGCCAGCCCAUACAGCAAAACCAGCUCCAGAGCUCAGUUAGUGCUUCUUCUUUGGUGCAGUCUUCACUUGUACGUAAUUUCCAAACCUCCACAAUCAGUCGUGACAUUGAUUCUGCUGCAAAGUUUAUUGGUGCUGGUGCAGCUACUGUUGGUGUUGCUGGAUCAGGUGCUGGAAUUGGAUCGGUGUUUGGUUCUUUAAUUAUUGGCUAUGCCAGGAAUCCCUCUCUCAAACAGCAGUUGUUCUCAUAUGCCAUCUUGGGCUUUGCCCUGUCCGAGGCCAUGGGUCUCUUCUGUCUUAUGAUGGCUUUCUUGCUCUUGUUCGCGUUCUAAGUCACCAAAAUCGCAUGAAAACACAAUACUGCUAGUUUUAGUGCGUCACUGUCAAAGCAACGUCUUCUGAUUCUCGUAAGAGAAGAAGCAGAAGCUGUCUUUGGCACACGGGAUGCCAUGAAAUCAUUAGAGAUGUUCGAGUAUCCGGUUCUCGACGGGGUAUGCAACGGUAUGACAAUGAACUGAAAUGGCGGCUGUACACGUGUAUGUUGGAUCAUCGAUCGAACCGUCCUUAACCCCUUCUGGGCCUUUCGACUAAUUUGUAAUCAUUUCAUGGUUUACUGUAUCAUGUAGCGUAAAAAGCCACUCACAUUAUACAAUAAUGGAUUUCAGUGUAAUGAAAACCUGAAUAAGAACGUUAACGAAAGUUUAUUAAAGAAAAUGUUAAAAAGAACAUGAUAGCCUCGCCUGUAAAACCCAUACUAUUAUAUAUGCGUACGUAUAUCUAUCACCUUAUUCAAUGUAUCAAGACGUAAGGAAUAGUACAUGUCGAACAUUUUUGUUACCCGAAAUGGUUCAUCAUUGUUGUGCCAUCGCCUGCGCACGUUGUUGAGGUAACUUGACGAAGAAAAUUGUACAGUAAUAUCGA